AACGGGCCAUUAAAACUAAAUACUAGCCCGAUUGGCCAUUAGCAUUUGAACACUGCCGCAAGUGAACCUCUCCAGUGCAUUGCCGACUGCUUGUAGCUCCUAACCAUGGCUGAGCAAAGCAGCUGUCACCUCCGAAGAGGGCAGUACCUUGGAGAAAUCUCUGCUCUCUGCUUUCUACACCUUCCCCCUGACUUCUCUUCUCUUCCUUUUCUUCUAGCUGGAACUGGUUCACAAAUUCUUGUCUACGAUUUAACGACUGGGAAAAUGAUAAAAUCAUUUGAUGUGUUCGACGGAAUUCGAGUGCAUGGAGUUUCUUUGCAGACAUUUAACGAACACUUGUCGGGUUCACUUGUUACUUUUAAGACUGCAGUCUAUGGUGAGAGGAGAGUUAAACUUUUCAGCUUGCAAAUUCAGAGGGUCUCUAAUUCUCAAACUGAGCAACAAGCAUGUUUUCAUUUAACUUUAAGUCUCCUGCUCCUGUUACCUAAGUUUAGCCACUGGGUUUUGGACGUUAGCUUUUUGAAGUGGGAUGGUGCUACUUCUUCAAACAAUGGUGAUUGUCUUGCCAUAGGAUGCAGUGACAAUUCUGUACAUAUUUGGGAUAUGUUGAGAUGUUCUCUCCUUUCCAGAGUAAGAUGCUCAGAAAGGUGUUUGUUGUACUCCAUGAGGAUUUGGGGCGAUGAUGUUGGAUCUCUCCGUGUAGCAUCUGGCACUAUCUUUAAUGAGGUUCUUGUUUGGAAAGUGGGUUGUAAGCCUGAUCCUGAUGUUAUUGGAAGCCCUACAGAAGACCUUUUACAUUUGACCAGUCACGAGGGUCGCCAGCUUCCUUAUCAGCAAUAUGAAGCUGUAAAUAUAUGUAAACUAAUUGGACAUGAAGGUUCAAUUUUCCGCCUUGCAUGGUCUGCUGAUGGAUUUAAACUAGUAUCUGUAUCUGAUGAUCGAAGUGCUCGUAUCUGGACGCUUGGUGCUAAUGGUUCCAACCACGUGGUUGACUUUGUCUUAUUUGGUCACAGUGCUAGAAUUUGGGACUGCUAUAUAUUUGACUCUUUAAUCAUAACUGCUGGCGAGGAUUGCACGUGUCGUGUAUGGGGAAUGGAUGGCACACAACUUACAAGAAUCAGGGAGCAUGUUGGAAGGGGAAUCUGGCGAUGUCUCUACGAUCCUGAUGCAGCACUCCUUGUGACUGCGGGAUUUGAUUCUGCAAUAAAAGUACACCAUCUGCAAGGAUCGUUUUCUAAUGGGUCAGAAGGAGGUAUUGUGGAAGUACAGGACUCAACUGUCCAAAAGGAGGAAUUUGCUCUUUAUAUUCCAAAUUUUAGAGAGCAUGAUGGCCUCUUGAACAGCAAAAGCGAAUAUGUAAGAUGCUUGCAUUUUUCUCGGGAAGAUUCUCUUUAUGUUGCCACAAACAAUGGAUAUGUGUACCAUGCUAAACUUUAUGAUACUGAGGAUGUGAAAUGGACCGAACUUCUCCAUAUUGGGGAGGAAGGACCAAUUGUUUGCAUGGAUUUGUUGUCACACUGUUCUGAUGUUACUGAAGACAUUGAAAAUUGGGUUGCUGUUGGCAAUGGUAAAGGCACUAUGGUGAUUGCCAGAGUUGUUGAUGAUGUCUUGAAUCCUCGAGUUGAACUCACGUCUACAUGGUCAGCUGAACCAGAGAGGCAACUACUUGGGACUUAUUGGUGCAAAUCUUUGGGACCGAAGUUCCUCUUCACUUCUGAUCCCAGAGGCACAUUGAAACUGUGGAGGUUGUUCAACCCUUUGCCCUCUGUUUCUCAGGAUGUCAUGAGAAGGUGUUGUGUAUCUUUAAUAGCAGAAUUCCGCUCAUGCUUUGGAAUGCGGAUAAUGUGCUUGGAUGCAUCAGUAGAGAAUGAGGUCCUAGUGUGCGGUGACAUUCGUGGUAAUCUUUUGUUGUUUCCGAUGCAAAGAGACAUUCUUUUUAGCAUGUCUACAGCUUCCGAAAUAAAUAUAAGUCCUUUCAGCAACUUCAGAGGAGCUCAUGGAAUAUCAACUGUGUGUAGCAUCUCCAUUGCUAGUUUUGGUCCUACACAACUUGAAAUUCAUUCAACUGGAGGAGAUGGGUGCAUAUGCUACUUUGAACAUGAUAGAAGUCGUCAUAACUUGGAAUUCGUAGGGAUCAAGCAAGUGAAAGAGCUAAGUACAGUACGAUCAAUCUUCACUAAUGCUGACCAACAAGGCGAUUUACCUGGAAGCAGUUGUGCAAUAGGAUUUUCUUCAUCAGACUUUAUCAUAUGGAAUUUAUUUUCCGAGACAAAGGUUUUGCAAGUAACCUGUGGUGGAUGGAGGCGUCCUCAUUCUUAUUUUCUUGGUGAUGUACCAGAGAUGAAAAAUUGCUUUGCCUAUGUCAAGGAUGGAAUUAUUUAUGUUCAUAGACACUGGGUGACCACUAGUGAGAGGGUUAUGUAUCCCAAAAAUCUUCAUCUGCAAUUCCAUGGCAGGGAGAUACAUACCUUAUGUUUUAUCUCUCAAGAUUCAUCGUGCAGUCUAAAUGAAAAGCAGGAUAUUUUUUCUGAAAUGAUUUGGGUUGCAACAGGUUGUGAAGAUGGAACUGUGAGAUUGACAAGGUAUGCUUCAGAAAUUGAAAAUUGGUCAACUUCCAAGCUGCUUGGUGAACAUGUUGGCGGAUCAGCUGUGAGAUCUAUAUUCUUUGUCUCAAGGCUACAUAGAAUGGUGCUGGAUGAAAAUGACAUGCCUGACAGCGUUAACAGUGAAAAAGGGUUUUUAGAGGACCCGGAGGAUCUUUCAUUACUAAUAUCAGUAGGUGCAAAAAGGGUGGUAACUGCUUGGAAGCAAAAAAGUAAGAUGAGAAUUAGGGAAGGAACCUUUGACCCAGAGUGCAACAUUAGAAAUGAUUUCCAGUGGCUUUCUACUGAUAUGCCAACCAGAGAAAGAAAUCAUGGAAAACUACAAAACAAUAAAAAAAUUAGUGAAAUGGUCGAAAAUGAUGGAUCACUUCCCUCAGAAGACAAGAGAAGCUAUUCAGAACCAUGUGUACCAGAUAUAUGUGAAAAUGAUUGGAGAUAUCUCGCAGUUACUGCUUUUCUUGCUCAAGUUGCAGGCACAAGGUGUUCAGUCUGUUUCGUAGUUGUUGCAUGUUCAGAUGCCACAGUUACACUACGAGCUCUCUUACUACCCUACCGACUCUGGUUUGAUGUUGCUUUACUGACUCCUUUGUCAUCUCCGGUGCUUGCUUUGCAACAUAUCAUUGUUCCUACAUAUCCCCCACUUCAAGGCAAUGUUCGGUUCGGAAGUCGGUAUAUUAUUAUUAGUGGGUCUACUGAUGGAAGUAUUGCCUUUUGGGAUCUUACUGAACAUGUUGAAAAUUUUAUGCGGCAAUUAUCAGCAGUUCAAAUCAGAAAAGGUCUAGACAGCCAGAAAAGACCACGUACAGGUAGAGGAAGCCAAGGUGGACGGCAGUGGAGAUCAUUGGGCAGUCCAGUGUCUAAUAAAAUAACAGGUGAGGAACAAUUGUUGGGAGUUCCUGUUUCAAAGGGAAAGCCUGAUAAUGGUUUGUGUGCGACAACUGUCCCAGGAACUGACAAAACUGUGCAAGAUCACACUCUGCGAGGGAUAUCUCAUUUGGUAGAAAAUACACAUGCAUUUUCUCCAGACACCUUCACUGGCAUAAAGGAAGUAUUACACAAAGCAUGGCCCUUGCAUAUCUUCAAGGAUGUCCACCAGUCAGGGGUCAACUGUCUUCAUGUUUCAGAUAUAAGAGGUCCUGAAGUUUCUGAUUCAAGGUUUACAUUUUGUGUUUUAAGUGGAGGUGACGACCAGUCACUUAACUGUCUUAGAUUAGAUUUCUCUCUGAAAUCGUUGAGGCCGAGUUGUGAAAGUUCGACUCCGGAGCAACAACAACAUAGCACCACUGGAUCACUGAGUUUAGGCGGUCAUGUUCACCAUUAUGAAGUCGGAAAUUAUGAUAUGAGAUUUGCGUUGCUUGAUAAAGUCAUGUCAGCUCACAGCUCUGCGGUUAAAGGUGUUUGGACAGAUGGUUGUUGGGUAUUUUCUACGGGUCUUGAUCAGCGCAUCAGGUGUUGGCAUCUCGAACAGCAAGGCAAACUAACUGAGCACAAACAUAUGGUUGUUAGUGUACCGGAGCCUGAGGCAUUGGAUGCUAGGGCCUGUGGAAGGAACCAUUAUCAGAUUGCAGUCGCUGGGAGGGGAAUGCAAAUGUUUGAUUUUGUUGCACCUGAUGACAUGAAGGGUGGAAAUUAAGGUUUUUCCCUAUUGUAUUAAAACAUUUUGAGGAAUGUAAAAUGUAUGAGGUUCCUCUAUUUUGGGCAUUAAGUGCGAGGCGUCUGAUAUGACAUACGAGGAAAUUCUUAUAUUUAUUUAAUCAUGAUAUUUGGUACUUUCUUAGGCAUUCAGAAGGUGAAUUAUAUGAGGUACCAACAAUUAGUGCAAUACGUCCCAAGAAAAUAAUCUUGUGGUUACAGUUUUAGGUAGCUUUUGCAAGCCAAGAGAACACUAGAGGUUAGUGAAAUACCCGAGAAUCUGUAGAAUAUACCGAGGCAUCCUAGAAGGUGAAACGUUUGAUGCAUCUUUCGCCAUAGCAUUGGUAGUACUGGUGCUGCUGCUGUUGUUCGUUGUACAUUAUUUUAUUUUAUCUGUUCAUUUCUUCUACUAUUUUUAA